GUUGAAGUUGAAUCAUAAAUGUGAAUGAACUUUUUUGUGCAAGAAUAAGUGAGGGAAAGGAAGAAAGAAGAAGAAGGGAAAAAAAAAAAAAUCCAUCUUCCCCAGCUAUAAAUACAGCAAAUGAAGACCCCAGAAACCUAACUCUGCAACAAUCAAUCUCUCAUUUCAUCAAUAGAUUAGAAAUAUUGUUCCUCUGUUCUUUUAACAGUUUUCUUCAUUCUCCUUGUUAUUCAAUCAUUUUACACAAUAAUAGAAGGCAUCACUAUUUUUACUAACCUUUUCUUUCUUUCAUCAAGCUUUUGAACCCAAGUUCUACUAUCUGAUCAUCUUUACAAUUUGCAUAAAGAUCUUCUUUUUUUUUUUCUUGGGUGCUCUGUUUUUGGAAGAAAGUUUGAAACUUGCUUCUUCAAUUUGAGGUGGGGAAAAAAGGGGCAGUUUUUGGAGUACCCUUUUUAGGCCUUUUCUGUUCCUGUUGUUUUUUUCCUUGUGGAAAGCAAGAUUUUUCAAGUUUCAAUCAAUGGCAGGAAUCAUCAAUGAAAACAACAUCCCAAUGGCUAGCAUUGGUUCUUCUCUAUCACAACUCAUCUUAACAGGGGGUUCCAACACCAUGGAUUCCAUCUUCACUUAUUGCCAACAACAACAACAACAACAAAAUCCCAUGUCAGAAUCUGUUCUUCUUGAACACCCAUUAGGCUCAUCAGUCUACUUCAGACAGAGAGAUUUGCUCCAGAGAUUCCAUGAACAGAACACAGGGAACUCAUCAGCAUCUUCUUCUUCUAUCCUAAGAACUCGCCUAACCAAUUCUCUGUAUUCUCAGAAUUUCAUGCAUCCAUGCAAGAAGAAGCUGUACAGAGGGGUGAGGCAGAGGCAUUGGGGGAAAUGGGUAGCUGAGAUAAGACUGCCACAAAACAGGAUGAGAGUUUGGCUUGGAACUUAUGAUACAGCAGAGGCUGCUGCUUAUGCUUAUGACAGAGCAGCUUAUAAGCUUCGUGGGGAAUAUGCAAAGUUGAAUUUCCCUGAUGUUAAGGAUCCUAGCAAGCUGGGUUGUUUUGCAGAUGUUUCGAAAUUGAAUGCCCUGAAAAUUGCUGUGGAUGCUAAGAUUCAAGCCAUUUGUCAAAAGGUUAAAAGAGAGAAAGCCAAUAAAAGGGCCAAGAAAAAAGGGGAAAUCAACCGUACUAAUGAUGGUUCUUCUUCUUCUUCUUCUUCUUCUGAUGUCAAAGAAGAGGGCAAAGUUUUGAAUCAAGUUGGCGGUUCGGCCUCGUCUUCUUCGUCGUCUCAGCAGGUGGUUACGGGUAAUGAUACAAGUUGGAGCAGCGAAAUGGUGUCGCCAGCAACUCCUAGUGUUGUUUCUGAAGAUGGAUUCUGGAAGGGUGAGAUUUGUUCCUAUGUUGGUUCUGAUCAUCAGUUCGCCGGAGAUUGCUCGCUUGCGCGGUUUCCAUCAUUUGAUCCGGAGUUGAUUUGGGAAGUCCUUGCAAAUUAGAAUCCUAGAAUCUUAUUAGAUGUCCAAUCUGUGUGUUCUUAGAAUUCUAUUAUUAAGUAGUAAUAAGUAUGGAGUUGUAUUUGGUAAAGUUAGCAAUCUUUUUUUUUUUUUUUGUUUUGCUGAACAAUCUUAUAGUUUUUCUUAUGUACUAUAAGCGGUGUUACUUAGAGAGAGGGGUCGAUAUUCUGAUAAAUAGCUAUUAAGUUAUGGUUUUUACUUGUCAAGAUUAUUAUUAUUAGCAAGCUCUGAAGAUUUUUUGAAUGAAUGUUUUGGGUAUGUCUGCUACGGAAAUGGUAAUUUAUAUGGACUGCCAAACUCUCCAAUAAUUUGCACUAUUAUUUCUUGAAGUCUGAAAGAUAAGAUGGUCAUUUCUUGUCCUUCCCUAAUUCUUA